UCUAAGCAAAAAUAAGAGAGAGUUCGGCCAUGGCAAGAAAAAAUUAACCCUCCAAAUUUUAUCCCCAAAAAUUAUAAUUUUCUAGUAUUCCUACUAAGUCAAGGGUGCUCUACAACAUGGUGUAAUUGUUUUGGAAGUUUGGAGACUUGUUUCAUUGAUUUGGAAGUGAAGAAGUUAGAAGAAAAAGAUUUUGGAGGAAACGGGAAUUGAAUUUGGACAACCGUAAAACGUCAAAAAGUAAUGCCUCCGAGGAAAACGACGGCUACCCAAAAGGGCAAAUCAGUAGCACCCGGUGAGAUUGGUCAGGCGCACAGAGUUACCAGGGCCCGAUCGAUGCCUGAGAGGGAGACUGUGCCCCCGACAGCCAGCUCUGCUACACCGCCAGAAAUUAGGGCAGCCCCAGCUGAAGAUCAGAGGGCGGAUUCACCAGUAUUUGGAGCCCCAGCACCCGAGCCUCUAGCUCCACAGUCAGGAGCAGAAGGCAGGGCUAUGCAGGAUGCGGUGCAGUUAUUGACUAGGUUGGUGGCUGGACAGGAACACAGACGCGGUUUAGGCGGAGAUCCGGUACACAAGUCUGAUAGUUCGAGGGCUCGUGAGUUUCUGACUUGUAACCCUCCAGAGUUCUUUGGGACAAAGCCCGAAGAGGACCCCCAGGAGUUUGUUAGAGAAAUGCAGCGCACUUUACGUUUGAUUAAAGCUUCUGCAACUGAGUCGGUUGAGUUGGCUUCAUAUAGAUUGCACGAGGUAGCUGCUAACUGGUUUGAGUCCUGGGAGCUGUCCAGGGGUAGACUAGCUUCUCCAGCAGUAUGGGACGAGUUUACAGAGGCAUUUAUCAGUCAUUUCCUGCCUCCUGAGAUGCGUAGAGCCAGAGUGGACAAAUUUUUACAGUUAAGACAGCGAGGCCGCAGUGUUCGCGAGUAUAGUUUGGAGUUCGACUCAUUGGCUCGACAUGCACCUGCUCUGGUAGCUGACAUGACAGACAGAAUGCACAGAUAUGUGAUGGGCCUAGAUCGUUAUCUGGUGGAUAGUUGUUUGGUGAUGGCUGCUCAGCCAGGGAUGGACAUCGCCCGUAUUCAGGCAUAUGCUCAGGGCAUGGAGGACAGACAUAGAGGACGCCAGUCCGACCGAGAUUUUGGCAGAAGUCAGCCCAAGAGGGCCAGGUCAGCUGGAUAUUUUGGAGAGUUCCGAAGUAGGCCAUUCCAGCAGCAGGGUAGCAGACAGCCCACCCAGCCAGCACGGAGUAUGCCUUUACUAUCCUCAGGCCGGAGAUCAGGUGGCACAGGAUAUUCGGGAGCUGGUUUGAGCUCUAGGGCUUCCGGUUCGCAGUUAGACAGAAGUUCUGGUCAGAUGCGGCCACCCAGGCCCCCGUGUUCUUAUUGUGGUAGGUACCAUCCGGGAGAGUGUUAUCGUGCUACAGGAGCUUGUUUUGUUUGUGGUCGUCAAGGCCAUACGAUGAAGGAUUGCCCGAAUAAGGGUGAUUCAGGUGGAGCAGCUCGACCUACAGGAUCAUUUGCUGGGUCAUCAUCUUCUUCGGUAGCUAUGCGCCCCACGGGGCAGGGUGUGUCUACACCAGCAGGUCGUGGUAAAGGUCGGGGUGGAAUUUCUGGUUCUAGCGGCCCUUCGAACCGCACCUAUGCCUUGGCCACCCGACAGGAUCAAGAGGCGUCUCCAGAUGUGAUCACAGGUACAUUAUUGAUCUUUUCCCAGAUUGUAUAUGCAUUAAUAGAUCCAGGCUCUACAUUAUCAUAUAUUACUCCGAUGAUUGCUGAUAAGAUUGGUGUAAAUUCCAAACCGAUAGAACCGUUUGAGGUAGCUACUCCUGUAGGAGAUUCUAUUAUAGCAAGGCGAGUAUAUAAAAGUUGCUCAGUAAUUAUAUGUGACCAUUGCACUAAAGCAGACCUAAUAGAAUUGGAGAUGACUGAAUUUGAUGUGAUUAUGGGAAUGGAUUGGCUAUCUUCCUGUUAUGCUAAUGUUGACUGUCAACGGAAGGUAGUUUAUCUUCAAUUUCCAGGAGAACCAGUGAUAGAAUGGGCAGGUAAUACAGCAUCUCCGAGAGGGAAGUUUAUUUCUUACCUUAAGGCGAGGAAGAUGAUUAGAAAAGGUUGUAUUUAUCACCUGGUUCGCGUGCAGAAUUUGCAGGCUGAAGCGCCAACUAUUCAGUUAGUUCCAGUUGUUAAUGAAUUUGUAGAUGUAUUCCCAGAUGAUCUUCCAGGCCUUCCUCCUGAACGGGAGAUAGACUUUACCAUAGAUGUGCUGCCAGAUAUCCAUCCGAUAUCUAUUCCCCCAUAUAGAAUGGCACCUGCAGAAUUAAAGGAACUGAAGGAGCAAUUGAAAGACUUCGGUAUUUAUGGACCUGAUGAAUCGGGUAUUCAGACCAUUCCUGGAUAUGUUCCAUUUUUGGGACAUAUUGUCGGCGCUGAAGGUAUUCGGGUAGAUACACAAAAGAUCGAGGCUGUAAAGAACUGGCCUAGGCCGACGACACCUACCGAGGUACGUAGUUUCCUGGGAUUAGCAGGAAAGGCCAACGUUGUAGCAGAUGCACUCAGCCGUAAGUCCUUGGGUAGCUUGAUAAAUGUUCCAGCAGAAAAGAAGGAAAUAGUUCGUGAAAUUGGUCAAUUGGCCAGUCUUGGAGUUCGGUUGGCUGAAUCGGGAGAUAAUGGGAUUUUAGUUCGAGAGGUUGCUGAAUCUUCCAUUAUAGAAGAAAUAAAGCGAUGUCAAUAUGAAGAUCCUAUUUUGGCACAUUAUCGAGAUACCUGUAUUGACAAAGAGAAGACCCCUUUUGGUAUUACAUCUAAUGGAGUAUUAUUAUACAGGGACAGGCUGUGUGUACCUGAUGUUGCUGGGCUACGGCAACAAGUUAUGGGUGAGGCACAUCAUGCUCGAUAUUCUAUUCAUCCGGGUUUACCUCGCACCCCACGGAAGUACGAUUCAAUAUGGGUUAUUGUUGAUAGGUUGACUAAGUCAGCCCAUUUCCUUCCGGUUCGAAUCACAUAUUCAGCUGAGGAUUAUGCCAGGUUAUAUAUUAAGGAGAUAGUAAAGCUCCACGGUGUUCCUGUGUCUAUUAUCACUGACAGAGGUGCCUAG